UGUGCGCAUUUAUUCAGUAGCAAGAGUGCAGACCUCAUAAAUUGAAAGAGAAAGGCAGCGGUAGCCAGCCUCCGAUAUUCCCCCCCAUCUCUUUGAAUAUAAUUUUAGAUUUAGAUUCAGAUUAAAUCUAAGGGGAAAGCACUUUAUAAGACAGAGCUGUGUAGUUGCGAGAGCCAGGGUUAUGAGCUAUCAAAUGCAGUUACAUUAAGACAGAUUAUACUGGCCAAAUUGAGCCAUUUAGAAGGUGAGAAUCAAAGAAAAACUCUGAUCCUCUCUCCCUCCUUCUCUCUCUCUCUCUCUCUCAAUUGCAGCCCCUAGUCUCUUGCAAUUCUGAGGCACAAAAAAGUAGGUGAGACUGCUUUUGUAUCUGCAAAGUGCUUCACUUCUGAAUGUAAUUCUAGCUGAGUGCAAUCUAGGUUAAGAGCUGGACAAGCGGGUAAUUAGAGCUCACUGUGUGCCAAAGGGCUGUCCGCUGUGCUCUAGCUCAUCCCCGUUCCUGGAGCCGAGACCUCUCCUCCUCCCCGGAGCGGAGGCUGCAGCGGCUGGAGACGCAACGCCUGCCCUCGGACACUUCUUCCGGCCGGAGAUGAUGGUGUUGGACAAGGAGGACGGGAGGAAGUAAAGGCCUAACCUGGGCACCGGAGACCACGACAACUGAGAGCCAGAGGCCAGCAACUGGGAGGCUGAGGAAGCUCGUUCUGCUUGGCCCCAGAGGGCAGAACCAGCACGAAUGAAUGGAAGUGGCAUCAAGGCCAACUGGGGCUCCAUGUAAAGAAAAGCUUCCUAACAAUCUGCUGUCCUCAAUAUGGAAUCGACUGCCUCUGAAGGUGUGCCCAUGCUGUCUGUCCACCCCAAGGGAAAACAGAAAGGCUGUGCUGGCUGUAAUCGGAAGAUCAAGGACCGAUAUCUCCUGAAGGCCCUAGACAAAUACUGGCAUGAGGAUUGUCUGAAGUGCGCCUGCUGUGAUUGCAGGCUGGGAGAGGUGGGCUCCACGCUCUACACCAAGGCCAACCUCAUUCUUUGUCGCCGGGACUACCUGAGGCUCUUUGGCACCACGGGGAAUUGUGCUGCCUGCAGCAAGCUGAUCCCGGCCUUUGAGAUGGUGAUGCGGGCCCGGGACAAUGUCUACCAUUUGGACUGCUUCGCCUGUCAGCUCUGCAACCAGAGAUUUUGUGUGGGAGACAAAUUUUUCCUGAAAAACAACAUGAUCUUGUGUCAGAUGGACUAUGAGGAGGGACAGCUGAAUGGAAGCUUUGAAUCACAGGUUCAGUAACCCCACCCCUUCACCGGUCUGGGGGCCCUGGGCUUCUCCCCACUGGGCAGCUCACCAGCCCGAUCCAACUGCAGCAAGGGGGCCGGUCAUUGGCCCGGCUCAGCCUGCCCGCCAUCUUUUAAAAAUUCUCCAUCCACAGUGGGACUCCCCCCUCCAUGGUCCCAUGCCGUCCCCGGCCGGCACCAAGCAGUUACAGGUGUAGAUGUGCGGAUGUGCACGUGCUCCUGAGCACUGCCUCACCUCUCUCCACCUUGCCUACCUAGUCUGUGUGUGAGUCUCUGGGGGCUAGGCAGGGCCUGUACUGCCUGUCUUCUGUAUAUAAACUGGAACAUUUAUUUUAUGAGAAAUGUAAUGCAAUUUUAUUACUGGUGUGAAUUAAAAAAGUAUGAAUGUUUCCUGGGGAGCCUUCAUGUGGUUUAUUUGGGGGGUGGAGAGGAAGACCAGCUCCAACCAAGAGUACUCUGCUAAAUACCCGAUGAGGAUGAUAAGAAUAACUCACACCUACACAUUACAUUUCUGUAAUAUUUCCCAUCUGCUCCAGCCUUCUAGAGGGUCAGAGCUAGAAAGACCCUUAUAGUUCACCGGUCUGAUCCCUUACUCCCAUUUUACAGAUGAGGAAACUGAAGUGUAGAAAGCUGAUGUGACUAGAAAUAGCUAGCGUCUGUGUAGCAUUUUACAAAGAUUAACUCAUCUGAUCCUCAUGACAAGCCUGGGGGGGUAGAUGCUAUUAUUGCCCCCAUUUUAUAGAUGAUAUAACUGAGGCAGACAGAGAUGAAGUGACCAGGGUUACAAAACUAGGAAAUGUCUGAGGUAGGAUUUGAACUCAGGUCUUCCUAAUCCAUACAUCCACUGAUAAAUCUAUGGUAGACAGUAUUAGCCCAUUAAGGAAAAGGGCACAAUCAUUUGAAAGCAAGCAGGGUGGGCUUCCCACAAGAGGUGGCACUAGGGUUGAGUUUAAGGGAUGGGUCCCCAUGACAAAAAGUGGGAGGAAGGUAGCAGCAAAAUUGGGAAUGGGGUUGGGUUCUUCUUCUCCUCUCCCCAUCUCCUAAAAAAACCCAUAAAAAUGGACACAUAAAUAAAUACCAAGAUAGACCUAGAUACAUACCAGCACUGUAAGACAAUUGGUAAAGAUUAAUGUGAGUUAGUAGAAGCAGCAGUGGCAAUGUUUAAAAGCCUAAAUCUUCCUUAUUUAGACUCUCAGAAUGGGGAGGGACCUCAGAGAGCAAUGACCACAGUCUCUUUCUGAAUCAUGA